AUGAUGGUCCCUAAUAACUUUGAAAGUUUCCCAACCCCUACCACCACCUCUUCGGUGGCGCCUAUCCCCACAGUUAUCCCGAUCGCCCCGCAUAUUCAAGAGAUCCACGCCACCGGCGAACGUACUCUAUGGGUCGUUACUGUGUUAAUGGGAAUCUCUUCUCUGGCAUUCUACUCCCUCGGCUCCACAAAGCCUCUGUCAAAGCGGGUCUACCACACUCUGAGCGCUUUGAUCACAACCAUCUCCUUCAUAACCUACCUCGCCCUCGCAACCGGUCAAGGCCGUGACUGGCUCUGGUUCGACAUCGUCACAAAGCACAAACAUGUCCCCAAUGUCACCGAUCAAGUCGUCCGCGAGAUUCUCUGGCUACGUUACGUGAAUUGGGCCCUUAGCACCCCACUCCUCUUGACCAAUUUUGCCCUCAUUUCUGGUCUCCCCGGUGCCCAUCUCUUCUCUGCUAUAGUCUCGAACUGGGUCAUGCUGGCAGCUGGAAUAUUUGGAUCCUAUGCUGGUCAUACCCCUGCACGCUGGGCCUGGUUGACUCUGGCUUGUAUUGCGUACUUGACUACGCUGCAUCAUGCUGGAUUCCAUGCUCAACGUGCGGCACAGGGCAAGGAUGCGUUGCUGACAAGAUUCUUUGGAGCUUUUUCGGGGUCGGCAUUCGUGGUUUUUGCUCUAUUUCCCAUUACGCUUGCUGCUGGGCCUCUCGCUCUGAAGCUUAGUCCGGAUGUGGAGACAGUUCUCUUCGCUAUCCAAGAUAUCUUUACCCAAGGUCUCCUGGGUUACUGGCUUAUCUUGUCGCAUGAUAACGCGCAGGGAAGUACUCUUCAUGUCGAUGGUUUCUGGUCCCAUGGAAUCGGAAAUGAAGGUGCCAUCCGCAUCCACGAUGAGGAGGGUGCGUAG